AUAUUUCUGGCUUCAUUGAAGAAGAAGAAGAAGAAGAAGAAGACGACCCUCUUAAACGGAGCAGUGGGAGCGUUGCUAAGCCGCAUUACCCAGCUGUGUGCCAGGUACACUGAGACGCCAUGAGGACAAUCAAACUCAUGCUGAUGUAGAAAAAUGGAGGUUUUGCUGUGAUCUGCAUGGCUGCCCCGUUCCCCUCCAGUGGCAGAAUGGAUGCAUGGGCACAGAGGCGCGGCCUGCAGACUAUGAACCUGCGCUCGGUGUUUACGGCUGAACAGCAGAGGACCCUCGAGCGUUACUAUGAUAACGGGAUGACCAAUCAGAGCAAGGCCUGCUUCCAGCUAAUACUGCAGUGUGCUCAGGAGGCCAAGCUGGACUUCAGCGUGGUCCGGACAUGGGUUGGCAAUAAAAGACGUAAGCUCGCCUCCAAGGUGGAGCAGAACGGAGCCGUGUCUCAUUCCUUACCCAGCCACGGACUCGCUGGGGGGUUGCUCUCCGGUCACUCGUUAGCAGGAGGUCCACUGUCCCACCACGGCCUGGCGGCUGUGGCGGCGGCGGCGGGGCACCUGCUUCCCGCCGAUGUGGCUGCAGCGCGCAACAUCCAGAACCGUGUGCACCUCCUCCCGCCGUCCUCGUCCUUCCCGUCUUUCUCGUCGACAUCUUCCUCCCCUUCCUCUUCCUCUCCCCAUAGCAGCGGUAGCAACAACAACAGCGGCGACGUCAUACUGACCGGGAUUUACUCCCUCAACUCCGUCGCCCGCUCCCAACCGAGACCCCCGGCGCCCCCAUCUCAGUCAGACUUUGAUGUCCCCGCACACACGUCCCCACAUCUGAUCAGCCGGGCCCUGCAGAGCAGGAGCAGCUCCGCCUCCUCGCCUCUCCCCUCCAAGCUGGUCUCGCUCGCUCAGAACCUCCCGCCCCUUACAUCUGCCUCAGGGCCGUUAGUCUACACUGCAGUCAGGAAGGGGGCUUUGUCCGUCGGGGAGGCUGGGGCAAGUGCAGGAGAAGGGGCAGUACCUCUCAGCUGGACUAGGCAGUACGGUAGAGUGCAAACUCGCCCUUGGUCCUCUUCCUCUCUGCCCCAACCUCAGCCUCAGCCCGGACCUCACUCCAACCCUCAACCUCAACCAGCGGCCCCUCAGAAGACGCGGGUCACCCUCUCGGUGCAAAACUCAAGUCCCUCGUCCAAACAGACACCUCGUAUCCAGCAGGUCUUCACCUUGUCCGAGGGAAGCGAAGGGGACACACUCAGAGACUCUCCCGCUCGCUUGGGUCAAGGGUCGACGAGGAAAAGCCAGGAGACGGCACAUUCCCUGGACCCCAGUCAGAACUUCUCCAUUGCCAUGGAAACCGGAAAUGAAGAAGACGAGUGGCAAAGGGAGGAGGAGCUGGCCAGUAUGGCCACCCAGACCCACCUCCACAGGGAGCAGACGUCGAGCAGACAAUCUGAAGCAUCUCUGGCGAGAAGAGAGCACACGCCGCCUAUGACCGGCACCAGACCCGCACUCCUUCACGGCAACACAACUCUUCAGGGCAGCUACUGCGUCACAGCACAGACCUCACUGACAGGGGAACCCGGCUCACAGACUCCACUUGGCGUGUCUGCCGCCCCCUGGGUUGUCAGCAACUCCAGAAAGAGAACACUGCAGGACCGGACCCAGUUCAGCGACGCGGAUCUCAUUCAACUGAAGCGCUACUGGGACCGAGGCAUGACCAGCCUGGGCUCGGUCUGCAGGGAAAAGAUCAACGCUGCAGCCAACCAACUCAAUGUGGACACUGAAAUAGUCAAGACGUGGAUCAGUAACAGACGGAGGAAGUACCGCCUGAUGGGUAUUGAAAUCCCUCCACCCAGAGGCGGGCCCGCCGUAUUCUCAAGCUCAUCGCCGGGAAACAAAUCCCCGGCGGCGCUCAGCCCCGACGAGGCGGGACUCCGAACGCCCGAACUCGGAGACGACUUGAAUGACGAGGGAUCCCUCUGCCUGUCUGAAGACUACAUGGACGAAUCCCAGCAAAGGGACGAAGAAGACGGGAUCGACGUGUCCACUGCUACUGCACUGGUCAAUCAUGUGAAGAUCGAAGUCAUUGACGAGGUGGGCGAAUACGGAGACGAUGAAGAUGACGACUUGCUGGCUUCAGACCUGGACCAAAUGCAGAGCAUGCUGGAGUUCAAGCACGAGGAAGUGCAGUUCUUGGAGAUUGAGCUAGAGAACCAAAAACAAAAGUACGACGAGCUGGCGAGCUUCACGAAGAGCCUCCUCAGCGCCGUGAGGACCAACGACCUGGAGAGACAGCAGGAACUGAUGGCCAGCCUACCUCAGCCUUCGGACCAGGACUGGGACACGACGGGGGAGACGGGAACUGACGCGUCUUGCGACCACAGCGGAUCCCCGGUGGCGGAGAGACCACCGGCCCCGUCGAAACAAGAAGUCCCGCUGGCCCCCGUACACAAAGAAGAGCCGUCGACGGAAGUUAGCGAGCCCUCUGCAUCAGAGGAGCGACUGCAGGAGGCGGUUGCAGAACAAAAGUGACCAUGUCAUGUGCAUCCGCUCGCAUAGACUCAUACAGAUGUUUUAACACUGAUUUUGGACUAUAUGGUUUUACGCACACACACACACACGCUCCGGUAAACCCAUGCUCUACGCCCAGUGCCUGUGGAUUGACGUUUCACUACGACUGUUGGGCUGACAAAUGCCUUUUUUAAUGCAUAUCAUGCCUUGCUCUGGACCGGUCCGGAGAGAACAAUAAACAACCUCUAACUUA